AUGUCAGUUGACACUUGGCUUCAAUCAUUUCUUCUUUCGUCCUCAACUGUACCAUCACCAACAUCAUCAUGUCGAAGUUCAUCGAGUUCAUCGACGUCUCCCCAUGACGAUAUCAUUGAUGUGGGAACAUUCGCUGAUUGUGAUUAUAAGAAAGAAUCAACAAUUAUUAAGCCAGAACCAAUGAAACCUGUUGAUUAUUCAUUACAACUUGCACAACUACAGAUGCUUUGGCAACCCAUGCAACAGUUCCUGGCUUUAUGCCAGAUACAAAAUGGACUUCCGCUUAUCAAUUCACCAACCGAAUCAUUGGCUUCUGUUCCAACACUCGACAUGAAUAGAGCCCAAUUCUCUACAAAUCUGAACUCACCAUUCACGAGUGUUCCCUCAAUCACUCCAUCGUCACGCAAACGAUCAGCCACAGAUUCGCCAACAAUGAUGGAUCGUCCAAUUGUAGCCAAGAAGCCAACAAAACUUCGAAAGCUUGAAGAGGAUACCGUCACUUGCUCUCCAGUCAGUGGGAUGUUCAUUAAGGAAGAAUCAUGCUUGCCACCUCCGGAAGAACUUCAAAAGGAAGCAGACAGUCUAGACGAAACUGCAGCUUACGUAGAAGUUUCAAUAGAAUCAAAAAGGAAAAUAGCAGAAAUAGAGAAUGUCAUUGGUGAUUCUAUUUGUUGCCUUUGCAAGGUAAAAUAUGAAGACGUCUUCAAAUUGGCUCAACAUCGUUGUCCACGAAUUUCACACGAAGAAUAUAAAUGCCCAGAAUGUGACAAAACAUUCUCCUGUCCUGCUAACUUGGCAUCGCACAGGCGCUGGCAUCGUCCACGUGAUGUUCCUGAAUCUAUCAGAUGUCACUCCUGCUUACAAAGCUUUUCGACAAAAAAACAACAUAAAGCUCACUUGUCCAGCUGCUUAGGAUCUACAACAUCACCUACUUCUCUGAGUACUUUGUCAUCACUGUUCACUCCCAGUGUUAUGCAAAACCUUUCCAAUCUAAACUUGGAACUUCAUUAA